AAAAAUGAGUGCAGAUUUGAAUAAAUUGGAAGGUCUUGUUGGUCGUCUAGAAAUGGCCGUUCAACGUCAAGAAGCAUUGUAUAAUAAGCCAGGAUUGUCUCCAAAACCAACUUCUAUCCCUCCUCCUGCUGGUGGAAAUGGUUCAAUUCCUCCUUCAAUUAAAGCUUAUGAUGAUUCAGUAAAUAAUGCUUUAAAGGCUUUUGUGGCUGUCUCAAAGAAAAUUGGUGGACCUAUUGGACAAAUGGCAGAUAAAGUUUCCGUUGCUUUCGAUUCCCAACGCCGUGCAAUUUGGGAAGGUAUUGGCCGUCCAGAGCCAAAUGAUAACCAAAAACAGCAAUUGCUUCAACCAGUUGUUGAACAAGUUGGAAUUGUUUGUGCAUUUAAAGAACAAAAUAAAACAAAUAAAUCUGUAUUCAAUCAUUUGGCUGCUGUUUCUGAAGGUCUUUCGGCACUUGGAUGGUUGGGAGUUAAACCAACACCCGGUCCGUAUGUCAAAGAAAUGUUUGAUGUUGCAAUGUUUUAUGUUAAUCGUGUUCGAUCUGAGAAUAAAGGAGACAAUAAUCACUCAGAAUGGGCUAAAAGUUGGUGUGAUGUGUUUUUUGCUUUACAGGGGUAUAUUAAACAAUGGCAUACUACAGGGUUGUCUUGGAAUUCUGCACCUGGUUCUCAACCUUCUGGGACUACACCAAAAAGCGGUGGAGGUGCUCCUCCUCCCCCGCCACCGCCUUCUAAUGAUUUACUUACACAAAUGGCUAGCAAACAAAGUGGCGGUGGGGGUAAAGAUCAAGGAAGACAAGCACUUUUUGCCGAAUUAAAUAAAGGGGAUGCUAUAACUUCUGGAUUAAAAAAAGUUACUGCAGACAUGCAAACACACAAAAAUCCCCAACUUAGAACUCAAUCAACAGUUCCAGCUGAUAAAGGAAAAUCUCCACAAAAAAGUGUUUCUCCGUCUGGAAAGGCUGGAAUUGAAAAACCUCCAAAAAUAGAAUUGAAAAAUCAAAAAGUUUGGGAAAUUGAAUACCACAAAGAUAAUCGUCAAAUCCAAAUACAAGCUGAUUUAAAACACUCAGUUUAUAUAUUUCGUUGUGAGAAUAGUGUUAUUCAAAUAAAGGGAAAGGCUAAUUCUGUAACUGUUGAUUCUUGUAAGAAAACUAGUGUAGUUUUUGAUGCCCUUCUUUCUCAAGUGGAAGUUAUUAAUUGUCAAAGUAUUGAAUUACAGACAUUAGGUUCUUUACCAACAAUUUCAAUUCAAAAAACGGAUGGUUGUCAAGUUUACUUAAGCAAAGAAUCUUUGAAUGCAGAAAUUGUAACUAGUAAAUCAAGUGAAAUGAAUAUAUUAGUGCCUAAAGGAGCUGAUGGAGAUUUUACAGAAUUUCCUGUGCCAGAACAAUUCAAGACAACUUAUAAUGUUAAAGAAAAUAAAUUACAAACUCAAGUAUCGGAUAUUGUUUAA